ACAGUGCAGUACGCGGACCCAGGAAGAGAAAAAAAUGGUUGCUGAUGUUGAGGAAUGAUGAAGAACCAACCCCACAACGAAGUGAAUAAACUGGACCAUUACUUGCAUAUUGAGUUGUCAAGCUAAACCGACCACCAAAGACCUACUACACACAAGCAUGACUUGGAACUUUGGAGACAGUUGACCUCGAGCUCUUUGUGAUUGCAUUAUGGCACACUAAAUCCAGUCACUUCUAAUGCUGCUGUGGACAAAUGAACCCAUUCCCAAUGCUUUACAGCGACAGCCAUUUCUAAUAACUCAGUGAAGUAAUUUUCCUACCUUUCCAAAGUGUGGUGAAGUGUACACCUCUGCCAAAAUGUUCUCCGCUUUGAAGAAGCUGGUUGGUUCAGAGCCUGUCCCUCCAAAGGAGAAGGCCAUCCCUGCAGGUCUGCAGUCCAUGAACCAAAGCUUACAGAGGCGUUUCGCCAAGGGUGUCCAGUACAACAUGAAGAUUGUCAUCCGCGGAGACAGGAACACUGGGAAGAGCACCUUGUGGCAAAGACUUCAGGGACAGAAAUUUGUGGAGGAGUAUAUCCCAACUCAGGAGAUCCAGGUCACCAGCAUCCACUGGAGUUACAAAACAACGGAUGAUGUGGUGAAGGUGGAAGUGUGGGAUGUAGUGGACAAAGGCCAAAAAUACCCUCUUCCGGAAGGUGUAGGAAAAGGGAAAAAGAAAGGUGACAACCUCAAGUUGGAAAAUGAACCACAAGAGCAAUCAGACAAUGAAGUGGCAUUGGAUGCAGAAUUUCUGGAUGUUUACAAGAACUGCAACGGUGUGAUCAUGAUGUUUGACAUCACCAAACAAUGGACAUACAGUUACAUCUUGCGCGAGCUGCCAAAGGUUCCUAACCAUGUACCUGUAUGCGUCCUGGGCAACCAUCGGGACAUGGAAGAGCACCGCGUCAUCCUACCCGAAGACAUUCGGGAUUUCAUAGCGGGUCUCGACAGACCACUUGGCUCGUCUUACAUCCACUAUGCCGAGUCCUCCAUGAAAAACGGAUUUGGCCUGAAAUACUUGCACAGAUUUUUCAACAUUCCUUUCUUGCAACUCCAGAGGGAGACUCUGUUGCGGCAGCUGGAGACCAAUCAGCUGGACAUCGACGCCACGCUGGAGGAGCUGUGCGUGCAGCAGGAGACGGAGGACCAGAACUACGAGAUUUUCCUGGAGAUGAUGGACUCCCGGGGGAAAGGCUACAGCUCACCCGGCCGGACCAAUGGCCAGAGUCCUUCCUCGGGCUCUCAGUCCCCCGUCGUCCCCACGAGCAGGGACUCCCCAGACAGCUCCAGCCCCGGCACCCCUCUGCCUCCACAGGGAACAACACCACAGUCCCCUCCCACCUUCUCUCCAUCCUCCCUGCCUGAUGUCUCCAGGGCUGGGCCGUCGCCUACUCCGAUGGACGUCCAGACUCCAGAACCUCCGGUGCCCUCCACCUCCCCUGCUCCUGCUCCAGCAACCCCUGCCACUGCGGACCCCCCUCCCCAGAGGCGCGGCUUCAUAUCGCGGCUGUUCGGCUCAGCCCCUGCCCCGGAACUGGAACAUCCAGCUGUCCAACCAGAGUCCCCUGGCCCAGUGUGUCCCGAUAAGGUGCAGAGUGUGGAUGACUUUGUCCCUGAUGGGGGCCUGGACAAGAGCUUCCUGGAGGAGAGCAUCCCCAAGGCCAGCACGGGGCCCCCUCCCGCAGCCGCAGCCACGGCCCCAGGGGACAGCGACAGUGACGGCGACGGUGGCAACCCGAUGGUGGCCGGCUUUCAGGAUGACCUGGACCUUGAUGACCAGGAGGACGAGCCCCUGCCACCCCCCGCCGCCUCUGGUCCCAGCAAAGACCUCACGCUCUCCAGUGACGAGGAGGAGCAGCAGCAGAAGCAGCAGCCACAGCAGAUCAUUGUGGCACAGGACGAGGACCUGGAAUCGAAUCCCCCAAACCCCAUAGAGGACUUCAGCUUGCUGAGUGUGGAGAGUCAGAGCAGCUCCAAAGCGCCAGAGGAUGACGACCCUCCUGACAGCGUUGCAACUGAGCAGAUAGCGGUGGAGAGUCCAAUCCCUGGCAGCGUUGCAACAGAGCAGAUAGCGGUGGAGAGUCCGAUCCCAGUGCCAGCGCCUCCUCCUUUAGUAGCCUCGGUGCCGACACAGCCAGACAAGCAGAGCAGCAGCAGCACCAUCACUACCACCACCACCACCACCACCACCAGCAGCAGCCUCAGGAAGAGGGAGGAGGAGAGGGAGCGUGCAAGGGCCCUGGCAGAGUCCUCCGACUCGGAUGGGGAUGCCCCCGUGGCUAAGCAGAUGCUGUCCUUCGUCAUGGACGACCCCGACUUUGAGAGCGAGGAGUCGGACACACAGAAGGCGGCGAAGGAUUCGUUUCCUGUGAGGAACGACCUGUCUGACCUCUCGGACGAUGACAUCCUUCCCGCCAAAAUACCCGAGCCCAUGAAACCCAAUGUGGUGCCGUUUAAAAGCAAGAAUGACAAUGACCUCUUUGGUCUAGGAUUCGAGGACGUCAAAGCCACCAAAGUCAAAGACAUUAAGGAGAGCAGUGAUGAGGAAGAGGUGAAAGAAAGCAAGACCUCCACCAAAGAGAAGAAGAAAAAGAAGAAGAAGAGCAAAGAGGAGGAGGACAAAGCCAGCAAGAAGAAGCACAAGCACAAGAAGGAGAAGAAAGAUGAGACGGGAGGAGCAACUGGGGACGACAAGGAGAAGGAGAAGGAGAAGGAGAAGAGGAAGAAGAAGUCACGCAGCACUAAAAGCGGAGGAGAUUUGGACGACCUGGAGGCCUUUCUGGCUGGAGGAGAGGACGCUGGCAGGAGGGAGGAAGGGGAUUACGAAGCACUAUAGUGAGCACCUCCAUUUUGCUGGAGAGCGGAGGUUUCCUCACAUUUGGAUCGGAUCGCCAGUCCCAAUGGUGUGGUGGGGGCACUCGUGUGGAUGGAGGAGUUGCUGCCACCACCUUCAUGGAUGCUGGAAAUUGGCACACAAAUUGCUGGGUAACACGUGAAAAAAAGACUGGUGGAGUAGAUUUCAAAGACACAAGAUGGCAAUCUACUCAAUUGGCUGGAGGAUUUUAGCAUUUUUUUUGUCUGUGACAGGUAAAAGUUCUUAUGAAGCCAUUUUACCUUUUAUUUGUCAAUGGCAAGUUAUUAAGGCAUUUUACCAUUUACUUUUCCAUGACUUGUUUUUUUUUAUACUUAUGCCAUGCUCAUUUCCACUCCUGCACCACCCUGUCUGUUGCAGUGGAGGGCUGUAUUAUGCCACUGGAUUGCCCUUGGCACAGCGAGGCUGAUGCCCCCUGGGACAGUGUAGACUCACUGCAGUUUAGAGAUGCCCAUCUCUCAUCUUGGGCACAUGGUGCAAUAAGGACAGGCACUACUGAGAAGAAACACUCCAUUUAACUCUCACUCCACUAGCUUUUUCUAACAGGAAACAGCUAUUUUUUGUGUACCGGUACAUACCAAGAGACACCACUCCAUUUUUAUUUUGGCCCUGUUGCAUGCAGGGCUGUAAUGUUGCAUGCCUUUUUUUAAGUUGCUAUUGGAGAAAGUUGUUGUCGCUUAUUUUAUAUAUUUUGUUCUGUCCAUGAGAAUAUUUUUGUGAGGCUAAUAUGCGACUAACAAGUGCACAAUUUUUUUUUCUGACAUAACUUGGUGAUCUAUACACUGUAUUAAGUGUCAACUCCCUGCAUGAAUCUUUUUAUGUUGAUUUAACUUAACAAUGCCAUGCACAUGAACUUUGAUUCAGUGUUCGCUUCUUACAGUGUAUUCACUUCAUUUUUAUCAAUGCCUUAAAAAUUAUUGCAAAAAAGACAAAAAAAAGUGCAUGUUCUGGCACCUGCCAGCUACUCAGUUUUAAGUGAUCUUAUUCUAAUGUCUAGUAUCAUUAUCAUCAUGUUAAUGAAUUGUGAUUGUGUUUUAGCAGUGUUUAACAAGGCGCCUUACGGUCUUAAAGGUCUCCUGUGAAGCCAAGACUCUAUUACUAUCAUGGAGGUUGACAUUUCCUGCUAUGUCGAGGUCUUGACUCUUAGAUCGUCACUCUAAAGUCUACAAGGCAUGUAGGCUUUGUAGGAUAAUGAUGGCUGGCUACUGAUAUUAUCUUCCAAUUACUGGAUUAAACAUUUUAAUAAUGUCCAUCAAUUUCAAGAGACAAAAUAUAAAGAAAUAAUUGUUUUAAUUUCUUAAUUUAUUUUGAGGAGUUCUGCCAAUAGAGUUGGCCAUCUACAAUAGCUUUCAGUGAAAGAUUUGUUGAAAGUCCAGGUUCAGGGUGUGUAAAUACCAUCACAUCAUUUUUUCUAUUAAAAGACUGCAAUUUUACUCCACAGUGUAGUGCAUAAAGUAAAUUAUAAGAGAAUGUUUCCAUAAACAUGCAAAAUUCCAAGUACUUUUUAAGAGUAAAUAUUGUCAGGUACUCAUCGUAUUGGGUGGUUGUGCUUAGUCAUCUCUUGCCAGGAGAUUAGUCAAACCUUUCCGAAUGUGAAAGGUGUCACUACAGGACUCGCUAUACCUUCAGGUGAACUGAUCUGUGAGUACAGUGGAAACUCAUGUUAACAUGAAUGUUGGUAUGAAUGCGAAAAAAAGCAGCAGCACAGCUGACUCAGCUGGGUGAAGGUCUCAAGGAUGUCCAUCCUUGGUGGAGUCUUUACAAAGGACAUGUUAUAUGUUCUCCUGUGAUCAAACCAUAUCACCUGUGCCUGUCUGGCUGUGUCUGAAAUCCUCAACUUUCUCUCAGCUUUAUGUCUCUUUGCUUGUUUCUAUUUUUUUUACGGUGAUUUUUUUUGUCUUUGUGGGACUGUUAUGUAGAGGUUCUGUUCCAUGUAGCUGUUCUCCCAAAUGUAUCGACGCUGCAUGCUUAUUUAUGGUGUCUGUCUGCUGUGUUGCCUACUCCUGCGUACUGUUCUGUGUUGACUGGCUAACAGAGGUGAGAGUCGCCUGCGUGAGAAACGCAAAACUGGCUUUAAAAAAACAGCCAUCUGUACUGUAUGUCUCGGGUCGUUGCAAGUGACCUCAACUCUUUUACACCAACAGAUGGCAAUAUUCCCCCAACUGUUUUUUUUUUUUUUUUUUCAGUUCAAAGCAAAAAACAAGCUAUGCAUUGGACUGAUUGGCAGUACACAUUUAUGUUCUUAUUUUUUGUUUGUGUCUGAACUCCACUGACUGUCCAGUUGGACAAACGAAUGCACUAUCCUUCUCUUUGGUGCAUGAGACUUCAAUUCAUGGCAGAGAUUGGGGCAACUCCUUGGAAGUUAAGCCUGAAUUCAUGUUUAUUCCAUGACAACAACAUUUGUUUUCCUUUUAAGAACAUGUAUGCACUUGUGAAAUAAAUGCCAGCACAUUUUUUUUUUUA